AUGGGCAAGAUGAAAUUUUAUAGUGGGGUCAUGGGUGUAUCUAACACAAACUACAAUUCGAAACUGUUUAUCAAAGUUGAGUUUCCAGCUGCCAGGGAUUUCUUUGCGAGGGUGAACAAAUUGGAUCCUGUUGAUGGACAAGGCAUAAUGCCGCUGGUCUGUGGUCAACCUGUUUCAGAUGAGGAGAAUUUUUUGCGUCUGUCAGUCUACAAAACAAUUGCAGAGAUAAAGGAGCAUAAUCAGAGACUAGGGUUCUAUGAGCCAAGGUACAUCAUCCACAUAAGGGUGAUAGACCACACCGAUGCUGCCUCUUUUGUUUUGUUCGAUGGAGAAGCUGCAAAGUUUCUUGGAGUUUCUGCUAAGGACCUUAGGCAGUCUUGUGUGACUAAGGGUGUUGAGAAAAAUUCCUGUCCCGAAGAGAUUAAUAAGCUUAGGGAUAUUAAGUUCAUCUUCAAAGUGCAACUCAAGAUGAGAAAUCUGAACUCUUAUGAACCAUAUGUGAUUCAUGUGCUGAGAAUGACUAAUGAGAAUUCUCUGGUUUCUGCCUUCCUGGAUAAAUACAAUCCUGACACUGGCCUUUUGUCCCAUGAAAAUUCUGAACUAUUGAGUUUGUCUACUGGUCCAUACAACACUUCUAAGACUUGUGAGAGUGAGCCAACUCCAUCACCUGCAGUUGAUGAGAAACAUAAUUCUAAGAUUCUCAGAGCUAAGAAACAUAUUGAAGAGAUUGGAGAGGAGUCAGUUUCAUCCAAAUCUAAGAAAGGGAAGUGGGUUGUGGUGGAGGACUAA